ACGUUAGCAUUAAUUUUCCUAAGUCGUUUAAUGAAAGCAGUAUAUUGAAAUUACGCAUUCUUUCAUGCCGGUUUUUUUAGUCCUCUUUGAUCUGUAAAUUCGAUUUGUAGUAACGCGACGAAAGACGUGGUGUAGGCUAUAGCGAUCUCAGUCAGUGCCCAACUAGUAUUGUGAUUUUUAUUGGCAGAUAUACUUUGGCAGCAAAAUUCUAAUACACACGCUGCAACCAGAAAAUUUAAAUUAUGUUUGAGAAUAACUGUCGCGGAAUUAUCGUAAAUUCACCGUGCACAAAGACUAAUCAGGAAUUUACCCAGGGGUAUUUGAUUGUGUUUUAUUAAUUUAUUUAUUUAACGAGUUGUUACAAUUACUGUAAAUGACAGAAGUUGUUAAUAUUGGCGUGUAUGGCAUUUUUAAGUCAUGUUGGAUCAUCUUCUGUCAUAUAAAACGGCAAAUGGCAAAGUCUCAGAUUUAAGAUGUUCUCUCACAUUGUACUGUUUAAUAUUCUGUCAUGAUUGUGGUUGUGGUCAUAGUUUUCAUUUCUUUGUAAAUAAGUUGGUGUUAAUUUUGUUUCAGAAAAAGUUUUUAAAAUGGCAUCAUGAAAGUCUCUCUCUCUCUCUCUCCCCCCCCCCCUUUUUUUUUAACAAUGCCUGCUGCAACUUGUAUGAGACAAGAAGGACUAGGGUGAAGAUACUCUGAAUCCACGUGAUAAGCCACCUGUGUGGCAGCUGUGCAGGUGUGCAGUACCGUACAGUCAUCAUGGCUGUGAAUCAGAGAUCCCCUUUAAUUGCACCAGCAGACCUACUGAAUAAGGUUGCCCUGGACAGUGCCCAUUUUGGGCACGACCUCUACCUCAGUCACCACAAGACCCACGGCCCGGUGCUUAUUAAAACGCUCUACACAGGACGGCUGCUCAGCGAGAGUAAGAGGAAAUCGCUUCUGACAGAAGUCGAGCCGCUGCUCAGGCUAAACCACAGUCGCGUUUUAGGAGUCCUCGGGGUUGUUUUGGACGACGGGCCCUCUUUUCUGGUUAUGCAGUUCACCCCCAUUGGAAACCUUUCGGCUGUACUUGAAGAAGGGACUGUACCUGUGUCCAUCAAGGGGAGGAUCAUUUUGGACAUCCUUGACGGAAUGGUGUACUUAACAAACAGCGACAUCGUACACGGGGACCUGAAGCCACAAAACAUUCUUGUUGGAGAGGAUUUUCACAUAAAGAUCGCAGACCUGGAACUGGCCAGCUGCCGGUCCUGGAGCAAGCUGACGAUGGAGGAGUCCCGCAGGCGGAGCAGGAAGGGCGUGUCCCGCAGAGCUUGCACCCUCUGCUACAUAGCCCCCGAAAACCGAGAGACAAUCCACGCCCCCUUCACCCAAAAAUCUGACGUGUACAGCUUUGCGAUCAUCGUCUGGGUCAUUCUUACCCACAAGGAGCCCGAUAGCUUGGACAGUGGACCAGAUGAGAACCUCGUUCCUCCCUCCUCUCCGAUGGGGAUGGUGACACUGAUGAAGAACUGCUGGGUUCAGGAUCCGAACAAGCGGCCAACAUUUGAAGAAAGCUAUAAGAUCUUCCAGUGCUUCUACAGCGAUGAACUGGAAAAAAAUUUGGACAAAGAUUUACGUCUUAAGAAAUGUAUUGUGGACACCCCUGGAAUUCAUACCAAUAAUAGUCAGCGUGAAAGCCCGGAUCUCGUGACCAAGAUGAGCGCUGUUGCGCUGACUGAGCCGUGUUGGCAGACAGAUGCUCCAGGCGGGUCUCGUGAGGUUCCUCGGGACGCGCUCCGGCUGGAGUCGCUCCAAACGGACGCUCGCAUCCUCGAUCGCCGCUGGGCGCCCCACGGGAGCUUCCUCAGCUCCCCCGACCUGAGCGCGCCCCCCGCCCCGGCCGCCGGUCGGCCCCCCGUCCCGACGCAGGCCAGCCUGAAGCCGCAGCCCUGGCCCGGAGAGGACCCCCCGGCCGCCCCUCCCGACGUGACCAUGCGCGGGAAGAAGCCGGAGGGGCCGGGCGGCGCCGAGACCGGGCCCGGCUGGGCCCCGCAGCAUCCCAGCCAGCGAAUCCGGUCCUGGCCCGUGUUCCCGGAACCUGGGGCGCACGGCUGCGGGGCCGGGGCCGACUCCGCCAGGUCGCUGCACCGCCAGCGUUCGGGCGUGGUCAUACAAUACGCAACUGCGGUACAGAUUGGGGAUAACAACCGGCUAACCCUCGAAAUGGGGGACUCGGGCGAGGACGGCUUUCAGCCCAGUUUUGCCGACUGUCCACAUUAUGAAGAGCUGCUGCAGACAUACGAGGACCGCGCGGUGCGGCGGGAGCACCUGGACCUGCUGGCGCGCAACAUCGGGCGAAACUGGAAGAGCUGCGCCCGGGCGCUGGGCCUGACCGACGUGGAGGUGCAGACCAUCGGCUACGACUACAGCCGCGACGGGCUGGCCGAGAUGGUGCACCAGACGCUGGAGAAGUGGCAGAUGAAGACGGGCACCGUCGGGUGCACCACGGGCGCCCUCUGCCGGGCACUCAGGGGCAGCGUCGGCGUGGACGUGCUCUGCCAGCUGCUGCGGAUGUGCCAGGGCGGGGCGACUCCCUAACCACCACCCUAAAAUGUGACAGCUUUAGAACUCGCGGUUAACUCAAGACAAACCGUUAGCCUUAACCAGUGAGCAUUUCUGCGGUGAAAAGGUGGCGAAACCCCAUCUAGGCAUUCAGGUGAAAACCCCAGCUACGCUUGGCUGAACGGUGAACGUUCUCUGGCUGACUAUGGCAUAGCCAGGCUACAUCGGGUACAUUGGGGUUAACCUUGUCCGUUUAUGUGAAAAUGUCUCUCAACCUGGAUAUCCACCCCUCUACACGUCUAGGUUCUGGCAUUUGCUCACCGGGCACUGUGUAAAUAUUAUUAAUGACUGAUUUAAAAAAAUAUAUAUAUUUUUUUAUUUUUUACAAACAUUAUUCGCAUUACCCCUUUAAAAGUAUUGAACAUUCCGAUGCAGCUCAUAACGGUUGUUACAUCAUUGUAUCAUGAAGGCCUCAUCCCCUGAAUACUUUGCAUUGAAUCACGUUUACUAGGAUAAUCACUCAUAUUUUUUUCAGUUACAUUAAAUAUUUUUAUACCAAAGAUGCUUUAUAAAACUAAUGUGCACAGUGCCGAAAACUGUUACUCUGUUUUGUUGUUGUAUGACACUUAACUGUACAACAGUUUUAUUCACAGCCAAUAUUUUUUUUGUUAGCGUUUUUGUAAUAAGAACCAGGAAUACAUUGAUUUCAGAGUUUACCCCAAUCUGCUGUACAUUUCUCAGCCCAGAUUUUUAGAUCAUCUCAUCAGUCUUUACACAAAUGUUCUCUGAUUGGCACUGAUUACCAUGCAUUUGUACAAUGCAAAUGUCAUGCCAACAAAUAAAACAUGAUAGAAAAAC